AGAGAGAUGAGAUGGAGAUCUGUGGUGGAGAAGGAAGGGAAGACACAUCCUCCUCUGAGUUUUUGAAUAAAGAAGGGGAGGUCCGACUUGUGUCAGUAACCAAUAACAGAGGCCAGUGAGAGAGACGAGUGAGACAGAGAGCCACACCGAGGAGAGACAGGAUGAAGAUGUGACAACCUUUGAAGCAGUGAGGACGCUCUUGAAUCUCUAAGUUGGACUUUUCUCUCCAAUCUUUGUGAGAAAGGCUUCCAUGAUGGGUGUUAUUGCUGGCUUCUUUUCCUACGAGACCAAUAAAUCUGUGGUGGUGAAGAGCUGGUCUGUGGGGAUCAUAAACCGGGUGGUACAGUUGGUCAUCAUCACGUAUUUUGUCUGCUAUGUCUUCUUGUACGAAAAAGCUUACCAGGUGAGCGACACGGCCAUCGAGUCGUCAGUCAUCACCAAGGUCAAAGGUUUUGGUGAACUCAACAACAGAGUGAUGGACGUGGCUGAUUACAUCUACCCGCCUCAGGGUGCAGGCGUCUUCUGCAUCUUGACCAGAAUCAUAGUCACUGACAAUCAGUUCCAAGGACGAUGUCCAGAGGUUGGAAAAAGUUUUCUGUGUGAAACAGAUGAAACCUGCACAGCUCACAUUGGCUCUGUUGUUGCAAAUGGUAAAAUUACAGGUAACUGCUCCAGAUCCUCAAAUGAAACUGAAGGUCACUGUGAGAUUGAAGGAUGGUGUCCAGCAGAGAACGAUGAAGUCACUAAGGAGUCGAUGUUGGAAUUUAAAGACUUCACCAUCUUCAUCAAAAACAGCAUUCGCUUCCCACUCUUCGAUGUCACCAGAGGAAAUUUCCCGUCCACACUGAACAUCACAAACUGUACCUUUGACAAAGAUCUGGACCCGUCCUGUCCCAUCUUUCGAGUGCAGGACAUUUUGAGGGAAACUCAGCAGAACGCAUCUGUUCUGGCAAAGAAGGGAGGAGAAAUAGGGAUAAACAUCGAGUGGCAGUGCAACCUGGACCUAAACAUCGACAGAUGUGUUCCCAAGUACUCUUUCAGGAGACUGGAUGCUCCGUUUGAAAACAAUACCAUCUCUAAAGGUUACAACUUCAGAUUUGCCAAAUAUUACAAAACAGAGAAAGGGACUGAGUUUCGGACUCUUCAUAAGGCCUAUGCAGUCCGUUUUGAUGUCAUGGUAACUGGCAAGGCAAGAAAGUUCAGCUUGAUCCCGACAGUGAUCAACGUGGUUGCUGCUUUAACCUCCAUUGGGAUGGGUACAGUGGUCUGUGAUGUCAUCUUAUUAAACUUCCUGCGAGGAGCAGAGCAGUAUAAAGCUAAGAAGUUUGAAGAAGUGUCGGAGGACCAGAUAAGAGACUCCAUCACUCCCAGUCCAGGGAGCCAGCUGUCCCUCAAACCAGGAAUAAAGAGCUGCUAUGACUCUGGAGCCAUUUCCCUCUCCACCUCUGACUGACAACAGCAAUCAAAAGAAAAAUUGGACUCUUUUCAUUUUCUCGUUCACUUACUGCCUUGAUUAGCAACUUUUAUUGUUCCUCCAGAUGGGAGAAUCCUGAUGUCAACUUUAGGCAGCUCAAGGAGGUGGGAAACAGGACAAGAACAUUGCUGUCAUCUUCCCAGGAUAAAGCCAACAACAGAAGCUCUGGCUUACAUCUUUCUAUUAGAAGCAAACUGGAACUUCUCAGCAAGCAACACUGGAGAACGAUUUCUCCUUUAGACGAACAUUAACUCUGUUAAAAAACCCACAACAUUAGUUACACCAUGGAGCUCCAUGGUAAGCAGAGCAAGAGCACGGCUCCUCCUCACGAACAUAAUAAAUCCUCAUUCAUAAUAAAGUAUACACAUGUAAACAAGUUGUUUUAAUUACACUCACUGUACAGUCUUUUCACUGUAACAGUUGAUCAGGUAAUAAAAACGAUUGAUCUCA